UCUUACUCAGGGGGACAGCAAACAACUUCAAGUCAAACCGAACAGAAUGGUGGCGACAACAGACUGCGAAGAAAAGUCGAAGCCGAUCACUGGACACAAGGUAUCCAAACCACUCAUGGAAAAGAAACGGAGAGCUCGCAUUAACAAGUGUUUGGACCAGUUAAAAACUCUUCUGGAGAGCUACUACAGCACUAAUAUUCGGAAGCGCAAACUGGAGAAGGCCGACAUCCUGGAGCUCACUGUGAAACAUCUCAGGAACCUCCAAAAGAUCCAGAGCUGCUCUGUCGCUGCUUCAGAGUUUUCUGAUUACCAAACCGGCUUCCGCAGUUGUCUGGCAAACGUCAAUCAGUACUUGGUCAUGACAGACGCAAUGAACGGCAUGGACCACUGGAUGUUAUCGCAGCUCUCCAGUAAAGUGUGCCGAGGUCGAGUCUCCAGCACCAUGGACAGCGGCCUGAUCGCGGCUGAGCCAAAGGAGGAGGCGCGAGGGCUCUUACCAUCUGCGGGUGCUGCACACGAGCAAAGAAACACUAUCAGCCCUAAAGCACCGGAACCAAACAGUGCGACCACGUCUCGUUUACUACCGAGUGAAGGCUCAUCUGCAGCAAAACAGGCUGUGGACGCUGCUGCGCCCGCGCACAUCAACCACGAACAAAGAUCAAGUCACAAGAAGUGUCUCUCUGUGGGUCACAGGAACGAAGUUUCAAACGCACAGCACAGUGUCUGGAGGCCUUGGUAGAACAAAGCUGUAGACUGACUUAAUUCUUAUAAAUGCACUGUAUAGAUUUUCACAAAUGUUAUUACUUAUAUUGUCAAUGCUAUAUGUUUUAUUUUCAUAAUAAAAGUUACAACAAUAAAGAACGUUUCUUGUUUUUUUCCA